AUCGCCGUAUUCCGCGUAUGAAUUAUUAUUGAUAGGAGGGGGGAGAAAACGUGCAGACGGCAAUUCAUCUUUCCAGGGUUUUUUCGGUUUUUAUCGAGGCGUAGUCUAGUCAGCCGCGCGUUUCAAAGCCAUUUCCAGGAGCAGCUCCGAGCAGACCGAGCGGUGCAGCCCGCUGGAGCCGAGGACGGAUCGCCCGGGGAAGGACUCCUCGUUCCUCAGGACGAUGGUGUUGGACAAGGAAGAGGGUGUGCCGAUGCUCUCCGUCCAGCCCAAAGGGAAACAGAAGGGGUGUGCUGGCUGCAAUCGCAAGAUUAAAGACCGCUACCUGCUCAAGGCCCUGGACAAAUACUGGCAUGAGGACUGUCUCAAAUGUGCCUGCUGUGACUGCCGCCUGGGGGAGGUGGGCUCCACCCUCUAUACGAAAGCCAACCUCAUCCUCUGUCGCAGGGACUACCUGAGGCUCUUUGGUACAACAGGGAACUGUGCUGCCUGCAGUAAACUGAUCCCAGCCUUUGAAAUGGUGAUGAGAGCCAGAGAUAAUGUUUACCAUUUGGACUGUUUUGCCUGUCAGCUUUGUAACCAGAGGUUUUGCGUGGGGGACAAGUUUUUCCUUAAAAACAACAUGAUUUUGUGUCAAAUGGACUAUGAGGAGGGCCAGCUGAACGGCAGCUUUGAGACACAGGUUCAAUAGUUGGAACCUCACGGCAGCAACAGUCGGCUCCACACUUUACACAGAAAGAUGGAUGUUCUGCUGCACUUGGAAAAAAGACAAGCGUCUGUCUGCUUGCCUGCAAUACUUUUUAAGACCCCUUUAUCAGUCCCUAAGGACUCUAUUGUACAUGUUCAUCUUUUUGCCCCUCCCACACCCCAACACUGAGCAGUUACAGAUUUUGAUGUACAGUUGUGCCUGCUUAGCUGAGCACUGUAUUGCUUGUAUGUUUUGUGAAAUUUGUUUCAGGUUUGUUUUCUGUUUCUUUUAGAAAUGGUUCACUGGAGGGUAUGUACAGUCUGUUUUCUCUGUAUAUAUAAACUGGAACAUUUAUUUUAUGAAAUGUAAUGCAAUUUUAUUACUAGUGUGAAUUAAAGAUUCUUAAAUGUUCAUA